GGACACAUGAUGUCCCUCGCACUUCGCAAUUGCCUCUUGUUCUAACAAAGCCUCGUUGGGUUCGAUUAACUUUCCCGUCGGGCACUUGUGCUUCUUAUACUUAAGAAGCCUAGUACUUCAGUUUGAGAAUGAAAUUGGAGAACCGGCUUUUCAAAUCACUCUACAGAAUGUUCAACAUCAAGGAUUCGAAAGAUUCACAGCCAAGCAUCAUCGCUAGAGAGAAUGGAGGCACUUGCUGCUCUUAGCCUUGCGGGUAACGUUAUGCAAUUCGCAGAUUUUUCUAGCAAGAUAAUAUCUGAAGCUCGUGCAAUCGACAAGAACGGAGAAUCAUCGUCCAUCGCUGAUCUCCAGCGCUUCGCAUUAAGUUACACGAAGCACGCAAGGAUCAUCAAAUCCCGUCUUCAAGUUAGCAGCUACACAAGACCUCUCAGUGAGGAGGAUCAGCACCUUGUUGACCUGGCAGUGGACUGUGAACGAGCUAAAAAUGAGUUCGCAGUUUAUUUGUCCACAUUCUCGAGUUCACGAACGACAAGAAACUUCCUACACAAUCUGAAGGAUGGUAUCAGAACUCGAUGGCGACAAGAAGACAUCAUUGCUUUCGUCGAGAAGCUCGAGAGUUUUCAGAGCUCCUUGACACUUGCAACAAUACUCGCCUUUCGAUCCAGUAUUGACGACAACAACAAAGAUAUCGUAUUCCAUUUAAAGGCGCUGCAGAAAUCAAACAACCAAAACAGCGCCGAAAGCAUCAAACACAACGAGCAGAUAAAUGAUACACUGAUGAUCAUGCAGUCACAUUCAGCCUCAAAUCUGGUGAUACAGCAAAAUUUACACGAUUGCCUGGGUAAAACCAGCUCGCUGCAUCGAUCCACACCACAAAAUCAGACCAUACUGAAAAGGUUGAACUUUCGUCAAAUGGCUUGGAGAUACGAAGAGAUAUACGCCGCUUAUCAAGAGACAUUUCAAUGGAUCUUCAGGCCGCCGGGUCCGACCGAUUCAUGGAAUGACUUUGGUAACUGAUUAAUCGGAGAGGGCAUCGAUGCACCUUAUUUCAUCAAUCGAAAGGCUGGAAGCGGAAAAUCAAUCCUUUCCA